CUUUUAGACUCUACCUCGCUACAACACCAAGCAAUCAUGAGCUGUUGCCCUACCGUCAUGGAGCCGUCCAAGGAGACCGCCGCCAAUGCAAUUGUCGCAAGGACCUUCCGCAACACGAAGCUCUUUGUCGCUGGCCCUCUCCAAUCCAAGGCUGGUUUGAUUGCCAUUCCAGACAUUUUUGGCCCGAACAGUGGUCGUAUCAAGCAGGACGCUGAAGCAAUGGCCAAACUGGGUUACACUGUGGUGCUCGUGGACGCCGCUGAUGGUGACUACCCAGUCACUCUCGACGGCGUGGACAUCCCAGCAUGGCUGAAGAGAAACAGUUUUGAGAAAGUAGCGGCUGCCCACGUGGCUAACGCCAUCGCCUACCUGCAGGAGGAGAUCGGAGUGGAGUCCAUCUGCAGCUACGGCUACUGCUGGGGUGCGUAUGUUGGUGCGAAGCAGUCGGCUAUGGAGACCCCUUCUAUCAAGGGGCACGUCUCGUUUCAUCCCAGUUGGAAUGUCGAACAACUCGUGAACGGUGAAGGUGCCGUGGAGAAGAUGACGGAGAGCAUAAGAGUUCCUCAGCUUCUAUGCGCGGCUGGCAACGACCCUCCUCUUGUUAGCGAGGGUGGAGUGGUCGAGAAGAUUCUUAAGGCCAAUCCUGCUAUCGCCAAGCAAAGCAACGUGGUAAACUUCCCGGAUAUGAUCCACGGCUGGGUGAGCCGCGGUGACAUCGACAACCCUGCGACGAAGGAAGCUGUGAAGAAGGCCUGGCACUUGGCCCGCGAGUUCAUCCAGACGAUUAGUCCGUUGUGAGUCGAUGACAGAGCAUCGUGCAGCUAUUGCAGUACAUGUAAGAGCAAAACGUUGAUUGUAGG